GCUGCGGGCGGCGCUCUAACCGCCCCGCCGCCUCGGUGGUGGCUGUGGGCGGCGGCGCUCUGUGCCGCGGCGGUGCCGUCUCGCUGUCCGGGCGGAGCCAUGGCGGCCGUGCGGGGCCUGCGGAUCUCGGUGAAGGCGGAGGCAGCGGCGGCAGCGGCGGAGCCGCGCGGCCCGGAGCCCGAGCCUAUGGAGGUGGAAGAGGGCGAGCUGGAGACCAUCCCUGUCAGGCGCUCGCUGCGGGAGCUCAUUCCGGACACUAGCAGGAGAUACGAAAACAAGGCUGGAAGUUUCAUUACUGGAAUAGAUGUAACAUCCAAGGAAGCAAUUGAGAAGAAGGAGCAAAGAGCCAAACGCUUCCAUUUUCGAGCUGAAGUGAAUCUUGCCCAAAGGAACGUGGCUCUGGAUCGGGACAUGAUGAAGAAAGCAAUUCCUAAAGUGAGACUGGACACAAUUUACAUUUGUGGGGUGGAUGAGAUGAGUACACAGGACAUCUUUGCCUAUUUCAAAGAGUAUCCUCCUGCUCAUAUUGAGUGGUUAGAUGAUACAUCAUGUAAUGUGGUCUGGCUUGAUGAAGUAACAGCAACACGGGCUCUAAUAAAUAUGAGUUCCUUGCCUGAUCAGGAGAAAACAAAAAGCAGAGAAAACAAUGAAGAGAAGACAGCUGAAAAACCCAAGAAAGAAAAACAGGAGGAAAGUUCUGAUGAUGAGACGGAAGAAGGCGAGGUUGAGGAUGACAACCCAAGUGAUGUUGAGUUGGAUGCCCUCUCCCAGGUAGAAGAGGAUUCUCUCCUGCGUAAUGAUCUUCGCCCUGCCAAUAAACUGGCUAAAGGAAACAAGCUAUUCAUGAGAUUUGCUACUAAAGAUGACAAAAAGGAGCUGGGAGCUGCAAGGCGAAGCCAGUAUUACAUGAAGUAUGGCAACCCCAAUUAUGGAGGCAUGAAGGGCAUUCUUAGCAAUUCUUGGAAGCGAAGAUACCAUUCCCGUCGAAUCCAUCGGGAUGUGAUAAAGAAAAGGACACUUAUUGGGGAUGAUGUUGGCUUGACUCCUCCUUAUAAACAUCGUCACUCAGGUUUAGUCAAUGUUCCUGAGGAGCCUAUUGAGGAGGAAGAAGAGGAGGAGGAAGAUCAGGAUAUGGAUGAAGAUGACAGAGUUGUGGUGGAGUACCGGGAUGAGCUGCAGGCUUUCAAGCAGUCCCGAGAGCGCAGCGCCGCCAGGAGGUCGAGUGCCAGUGCCUCUGAUUCUGAUGAGAUGGACUAUGAUCUGGAGCUGAAAAUGAUAUCAACUCCCUCUCCCAAAAAGAGCAUGAAAAUGACCAUGUAUGCAGAUGAGGUGGAGUCGCAGCUGAAGAAUAUCAGGAACUCCAUGCGAGCAGACAGCAUAGCAACCAGUAACAUCAAAAAUCGGAUUGGGAAUAAAGGGUCAUCAGAGAAAGUUGCAGAUGUGAGGCUGCUGUUGGAAGAGAAACGGCAGAAUAAUACUGGGCCACGUCAGCCAAACAGCACUGUGAAGUCAGAUGUGAGACAAAGGCUGGGAAAAAGGCCACACUCUCCAGAAAUCAAACCUCCAAGUAGCACCUCUGCUCCUCGUCGAGAGCCAAUAUCAGACGUGCACAGCCGGCUGGGGAUCCCCAAACAAGAUGUGAAAGGCCUCUACUCUGACACCAGAGAGAAGAAAUCAGGUAAUUUAUGGACCCGAUUAGGGUCUGCUCCGAAGACACAAGAAAAGACUCCAGAUAAACCUGAAAACUCUGUGGCAUCUCCAGAGGAGGAUGAUUCAGAGCUCCAGAGGGUCUGGGGUGCUCUCAUCAAGGAGAAGGAGCAGUCUCGGCAGAAGAAGAGCCGGUUGGAUCAUCUGCCAUCCCUGCAGAUCGAGAUCAGCCGGGAGAGCAGCUCCGGCUCAGACACAGAAUCAUGAUCCUUUGUACGUUCUCUUCUGAUCCUCAAGUUUGUGACUCUGCAGUGUGGCAAGAUUGCCUCUGCCCAAAAGCUGGACACUGGCAAAGACUCUGCAGUGAAGGUUCCAGAAGUGUCCCUGUUCCUUUUUUACAGAAAUGGAGGUGCACGUACCACUUGACUAAAGCAAUCACCUUUGUCUGGAGGCAGUGGGUGGCCCUGUCUGACCUAGGGCAUUGUCAUACAUCUUGAUUACAGCAAACCUGUUGUUGAUUCUAGCAAAACACUUUUCCCCAGGGCUUUGAACUGAAGAGGCAGAAAUGCUCUGUAUUUUUAAGACAACCUUUUUGUUCUUAGUAUUUUUAACAUGGAGCCUUUUAACAAAGUAUUUUACAGAGUUCAUCCAAAGAACAGGGCAUUUCAUAAUCAGCAUCAUUGCCUUGCCCUUCUGGCUCUUACCAGCACCUUUCCUUUCCUCUUGAAGUAAUAACAAUAAAGCUUCCUGGGUAGGCAGCCAGCAAGGAUGAAGCAUGAAGGGACUAUGAUGUUCCCUUCCUCUAAAAUACUGAAUGUAAAUGUAAGGUAAAUGUUCCAGUGCAGUGAAAUUUCCCAGGGUAUCCAAGUAGCAUCACUGCUCUCAAGGAGUUCUGCUGGUUUAUUUUGUUGAUACCAUGUUCUGCUGUAGUAGAGAUUGAGAUCUUCAGGACUGCAAAGUUGGGUGUUUGAGAAUUGUGUAAAUUCCCAAGGGUUUAAAUUUUUGUUGUUGUUGUUACAUGAUGAAAAAUUCUAUUUCUUUCAUUUUAUCUGUAUUAUGUUUUGAAGAAAUGUAACAAUUUAAGAACACACACUUUUAUAUUUGUGAGAACUCUCCUGUUGGCCACGGUGAAAGCUAUAGUGGUGUUUUCCUAUGUGCUGUUUAACUAUAUAUAUAUAAAUGAAAGAGAAAAGGAAAACUAUAGGAUCACUGUCUCAUGUCAAUACUUUUGAAUGUUCUUAUUGUAUAUGUGGAUGUGCACAUGGUUGACUUGUUACAUUCAGCUUUUUUACCUGAUACCCCCUCUAGGUAGGAAGAAGGUUUGAUCAGUGUGCAGCUGCAAUUUUUUCUUGUUGCCUAUGGCAUUUAUUUUGAUUGCCAGUAAUUCUAACUAAGGAAUCAUGCUAGCACAUCACCUUCUGGUGAACAGAAUAGGGAGCAAAAGCAUUGUCUGCUGCAUUUGGAUGGUCUGAAAAUUUGUUUGCGUUGUCCCUCUUUCCUAGGUUCUGUCAGUCCAAAAUGUCUAUGAAUAUCUCUUCCCCUUUCUGCUUUUUAAGAAACAAACGUGUUUCCUUUUUUUCCUCCUGUUUUUGUACUAAGUUGAAGUAGGUUUGAGGCUUCACAAAAGCAAGGAAUUAACUUUUCUGAGUGCUUUAGUAUGUGAAAGAAUAGCAGUGUAAAAUUAAAGAUGAAAUGAAAGGUACAGUGACUAGAAGGGUAAUCUGGGGACUGACUGAGCUUCAAGCCUUAUUAUUGCCUUGUUUGGUGACACUCAUCCUUGAUUUUAUAUUUAAUUAUUGAAUAUCUAAACAUGUCUCAUAAAAAUACUGUUUGGAGUAAAUGACUGCAAUGUCUGAUCACUGUAAUGAUGCAUUUUAACAUGUGCUUUCAUUCAUCUCCCUUCCAGGGCCUUCAAACAGUCACACCCAUUUCUCAGGAUCCUGAUAAAAUUUAUUUAACCAGUGUCUUUUUGCCAGUCAACCUUUGUGUUUCAUUACUGCUCUGAAUGCAUGAUGACCUUUCUUUUUCAUGAAAGGAGAUGGUAGAUAGGGACCAUUCACCUGGUCUGUGCAGACAGGCUUCUCUGUUGUGAACCCUUGCAUGUUUUUAAGCUCAGCAGCUGCUUGUGGGCUGCCUCUAAUGUUGCUGAUAACCACAGUGUUUCCAUGUAAAUACUCAAAACUUGAGCCUGGUGAAGGACAGAGUAACUGGUAGGAAGUGCAGAAUGGGAAGAGGGAAUCUCUCCAGCUGAUGGAAAAGAUCUGAACAAAGGGAUGUAUGAAAUCAAGGAGAAAUUAUGCAGGCUGAGGCUUGGAGGAAGAGGAGCCAUGGACACUGGUUCUGUCUUCCAGUGGUGACAAAUCUGCCUUACAAAUGUCUCCAUGUUGGCUGGAUCAGUCGUGUUUGUGGCUGGGGGAGGGCUCUGGAUGUUCUUAGGCCACAGUUGCUUUGCUGAAAAGAAAAGGGUUGACUGUGGAAAGGACCUAUAAAGAGAGGGGGUUUUGUAGUUGUUUGCCUGGUUUUGCUUUUUGAUGAUGUACAGAGAAGCCCUGAGAAGUGUUUGCUGCCAUCAGGAGUUCUAGCCUGGGGCUUCCUUAGUUGCCUGAACACCAACUGCUGGGUUUUGAUAUUAAAAAUGAGCACUGAACCUUCAGUGAAAGCUUUUAUCUCAAAUGGUGACCUUGAAUCUGUUUGACCUAGAGAGAGGUUGCACAGGAAAUUCUAAAUGCCCUUCCUUUUGUGUUCAGCGGGUUUGCUCUUAGCUAAUGUGUUCCUGAUCUUUCCACUCAGCUCAUCAUCACCACCAAGGAAUUUGAUGCAGAUGUUCUGAUACUGAGAAGUGCAACCUGUUCAUUUUGCUAAAAUGAACUUACAUGGAAAUUGGCAAGAAGGUGAAGUUCAGCUUUGGCUUUUGCUGGAGGGAUCUGUCUUGGAGGGGGAAAAUGGCUCUGAAUGUUAAGUGACUUUGUUACAGGACCACAUGAGUUCUUCUAGGAAGUUUUUGCUGUUUUAAAAAGGCUUGUGGAUUGUUGGUUUGUUGUUGUUUUUGGUGGUUUUUUUUUUUGGUUUAGGGUUGAUUUUUUUUAAUAUAUGGUUUAGGGACUGUUACAUUGUGCAGAAUAAGUCGGCUCUGUGCCUGCAGCUAUUGUAAGGCAGGCUCUGAACGUGCGUUGAUGGUGAGGCUUGAAAAUGAAGGGUUUUUAUUUUGACGAUGACGGCUGAUGUGUCUAAUGCGGGAAAGGAGAGCAGAGAAACCCUUAUUUUCAGUUCAUUAUGGCAUUAAAAUGUGAAAAUAACGAAA